AUGACUCCACAGAUCACGUUGUACACGACGAAGUCCAGUCCUUUUGGACACUAUGUUGAAAUCGCCCUCCGCGAAGCCCGAGCGGAUUACUCCGUCUACGAAGUAGAUCUCGUGAACAAACCACCUUGGUACACCGACAAGGUUAAUCCGGCGGGAAAGGUCCCUGCAAUCUCGUAUGGAGGCUCCCCUGCUCCGGCAGAUGCUCCUUCUCCUUCCUCCUUCAAACUCGCGGAAUCCCUCGUUAUUCUCGAUUUCAUCAUCGACAUCUUCCCAGAAUCGAACUUGCUCCCUAUCGACCCUGUGGCCAGGGCCUCGACACGUUUUUUGCUUAAUCUAUUUUCUACAACACUGAGAACUGCGUGCAUGAGCAUAGCAGCUUUCCGAGGGUCUCCUGAGGAGGUCCUCGACGCGAUCGAUAAACUACAGGUCCACAUGCCCGCUCCUGGGUCGGGCCGAUUUGUUACUGGGGACACGUUCACGAGCGUGGACGCAGUGGCAGCGGCUUACCUUCUACGCUUUGACAGGUGUUUGGAGAGGGAUAUAGGGUCGUUCCCCGAGGGUGAAGGCGUCAAAGCGUACCAUGUUCUGCGUACAUCCGAGCGUUUUACGCGGUACAGAGCUUAUCUGGCCACGCUUGCGAAGAGGGAGUCGGUGAAGGCCUCUUUUCCUGAGGUAUCAGAAAAGGUGCUUGCACAACUUGGGCACUUCUGGGUGGGCAAUCGGGCCUUUGCCUAA